AAGAUUCUACUGAUGAUAUUUAAUUAACAUGCAAUGUUGAACUCUACUCUGUACUUAUCAAUCAUGAGAGAGAAUGAGACAGUCAUUUAAAAGAUUAUUAUUAUCAUCAUCAAGUCAUUUUGCGUUUGCGCAGAGUUUUCCUUCUUUUUUUUUUAUCAUUUUUAAAUGUCAGGUAAUGUUAAGUCUGUCUGUCUGUUUUUAGUUUGGUGCUGUCUGUAGAAACAACAACAACUUGUUGUUGUGAAAGUCAAGUUUAUAUAUUUUAAAAAAUCAUCAUGUAUAAAUCAACAAUUUUUGUUGUUAUCAUUGCAAUUGGACUCACCUGUUAUGUCAAAAUAUUUGAUGAAACUGAUAAUUCAAUUCCAACAUUACCAGAUACAUACUGGGGUCCAGCUGAUAAAAAAAGCAAUAAUGACAUAUCAAUAAAACCAUUUAAAAUUAACAUAUCAAAUGACGUGAUAAGUGACCUCAAUGAAAGAUUAGAUAAAACAAGAAAAUAUAUUGCACCACUUGAAAAUACUGCAUGGACUUAUGGAGUAUCCAGUGAAUAUUUUAAAAAUAUUAUAAGCUAUUGGAGAAAUAAAUAUGAUUGGAAUAAAAGACAGGCAUUGUUAAAUAAAUAUUCACAAUUUAUCACAACGAUUCAAGGACUUGAUAUACAUUUUUAUCAUAUUAAACCAACAACAACUGUUUAUAAUGGAAAAAAAUUAAAAGUCAUACCACUUUUGUUGGCUCAUGGUUGGCCUGGUAGUGUUGUUGAAUUUCAAAAAAUUAUUCCAAUGUUAACAACACCAAAAGAAAAUGUUGAUUUUAUUUUUGAACUUAUUAUACCAUCAUUACCAGGAUAUGGAUUUUCACAAGGUGCUGUACGUCCUGGUCUUGCACAUGCUGAGAUUGCUGUAAUAUUUAAAAAUUUAAUGACUAGACUUGGAUUUAAUAAAUUUUAUGCACAAGGUGGUGAUUGGGGAAGUAUAAUUGUUCGAGAUAUGGCAGCUUUAUAUCCUGAAAAUGUUGUUGGAGCUCAUAUGAACAUGUGCAUGGCUAAUGGAUUAAAAGCAACAUUCUGGCAAUUUAUUGGAUUACUUGUUCCAUCUCUAGUGGUACCAAAAGAACAUGCACACAGAGUGUAUCCACUUAAAAAUCAUUUUUUGCGAAUAAUGGAAGAGUCUGGAUACAUGCAUCUUCAAGCAACAAAACCUGACACAAUUGGAUUGGCUUUGAAUGAGUCACCAGUGUCAAUGGCUGUUUAUAUUCUUGAAAAAUUUAGCACAUGGACAAAUCCUGAAUAUAGAUUUAAAGAAGAUGGUGGAUUAUUAGAAAAAUAUACAAUGGAUGAAUUACUUGAUAAUGUUAUGAUUUACUGGAUCACAAAUUCAAUGACAACAUCAAUGAGACUUUAUGCUGAAACGUUUAACACAAAUAAUUGGGGAAAAUAUGACAAGUAUCCAAUAACUGUUCCAACAGCUUGUGCAGCAUUUAUUCAUGAAGUUUCAUAUAGUCCAGAAUCAGUAGUAAAAUUUCAACAUACUAAUUUAAUUCAAUUUAAUCAUUUUGAUGAUGGUGGACAUUUUGCAGCAUUUGAAGUACCACAUUUACUUUCUGAUGAUAUUUGGAAAUUUAUACAAAAAGUUGAAAACAAUGUUGAUAAAUAAUUUACUUGUUUAUCAAUGAUAAGUAUAAAUAUAACAUAAAUAAUUUUUAUUAAUAUGUUAUUAUGUUGAUAAUAUAAAUUUUAUAAACAAUUUUAUGUUUUAUCUAAAAUAAACAAUAAAAACAAUAUAAUAAUUUUAUUAUUUCUUUUUAA